CAUGAGGUGCGGGUGUUGGGGUACGAGCUCCCUCAGCCCUGUUCACCGUUUUCACGGCGAGGAGCAGCCGGCCCUACCCACAGGGAGCUACCCUCCUCUUCCUCCCCGGCGGCGGGCGGGAAGGGGAAGGACGCCGAGCCCCACCGCCGCCCAGCCCCGGCGGCAACGCCCAGCGCUCGGGCUGGCCCACCGCGGCGCUGGAAGAAGAAGAAGAGGAGGAGGAGGAGGAGGAGGAGGAGGAAGGCUGGGGCGAUGCUGGGGCGGGCGGUGCGGAGCGGCUGGCUGCCGGGCGAGCGGCGUCGCCGGCUGCUGGCGGGGGGCUUCCCGACCCUGCCCGCGCCUCAGGUGCAGCUCUGGAAGCAAACCAGGACCUGGGCGCGCCGCGAAGGAGCCUGCCACAGCACGCUGGUGCCAUCUGAUGAAGUGACUAUUAAUUACAGGCAUGGUCUUCCCAUGAUAACUCUGACGUUGCCCACAAGAAGGGAACGCUGCCAGUUUGCUGUUAAACCAAUGGUAGUGACAGUGGGGGCAUUCCUGAAAGAUGUACAGAGAGAAGAUAAAGGAAUUGUGAAAGCAGAAGUCUUUGCAACAGAUGGUAGCAAGGUUUCUGAUGCAACGUUGAUGGAGGUCUUACUGAGGAAUGACUUUAAGCUUCUUAUCAACAGCACAGCAUACAGUGUGUCACCUCCUGUAAAAGAUAAGCUGAGUAGUGAGCAUGCUACUGAAAUGGAAGAUAUCAAAUCCUUGAUUCACAGACUGUUCGUGGCUCUGCAUUUAGAAGAUCACCAGAUCAGGAAGGAGAGAGAAUUACUACAGAAACUGGACCAUCUGAAAGAACAGCUGAUGCCUCUUGAACAGAUGAAAGCCAAAAUCAUGGACAGUGCAGAUGCAAAGACCUCCAGGCUUCUGUGGGUUGGCUUAGCUCUGAUGUCAACACAAGGUGGAGCAUUGGCAUGGCUCACGUGGUGGGUCUACUCGUGGGACAUCAUGGAGCCAGUCACGUACUUCAUCACUUAUGGGAGUGCCAUGGCUUUCUAUGCCUACUUUGUUCUUACUAAACAGGAUUACCUUUACCCUGAUGUUAAGGACAGGCAGUUCCUCCACUACUUCUACCGGAAAUCAAAAGCCAAGCAUUUCAAUGUGGAACAAUACAACAAACUAAAAGAAGACGUAGCAGAGGCAGAAGAAUCCCUGAGGCGUCUACGCCAACCUCUGCACCUGAGACUUCCGAUCCAGGAAAUUACUAACAAGGACUGACGUUGUUUUGGUAUACAUUAGAAUUGUCCUUUCAAACCUGAUGUGAACAUUUAGUUACCCUAUAGAAACUGGAUAUUUUUGACCACUAUAGUUUUGAAGAUUACAAUAAAUAUCUCUAAAAAUGA